AUGGCUAGCAAGACCACCUCCGCGCCGGCGGAGAAAGGGCGCUUCGCGAAGGCCGCGGAUGCCGUGACCGAUGCCUCGAAAAAGGUCGGGUCGGGCGCCAAGACGGCGGCGAUCGCCGCCAGGAACGGCGCGGUGACGGGCGCCGGGUACGUCAGGGACAAGUCCGUCGCGGCCGGGGGAUUCGCGAAAGAGAAGUGGGACGGCCUCACGCCGGAGCAGCGCAAGGGGACGUCGAUCGCUGCGGGCGCCGUGCUGGGGCUGCUGGUGCUGAAGCGGCUCAUCUUCGGCGGCAAGAAGCGCAAGGAGAAGCGGAGCGAGGAGGAGUACCUGCGGAAGAUCAAGAACCAGCUCGGGGUGUCGCCGUCGUUCUCGCCCAUGCGGCCCACGCAGGGGAGCGCGCAGUCGACCCCGAUGACCAACUCGCGCACGCCGGCCGCCGCGUGGUCGCCCUCGGGCCCGAAGACCCCCCCGCCGUCGUCCCACCGCGACCACUCCGCGGGCAAGUCCUUGUUUGGCGCGCGCGCGGGGAAGAUCGCCGUGCUCGAGAAGGGCUCCGCGGUGACCACGACGGCGCCGAACGAGUUCAGCGUGGCCACGUACAACGUCCUGAGCGACUUCUACGGCACGAGCAAGCGCCACAGCUACGUGGCGCCCGAGUACAUGAAAUACGACUACCGCUUCGCGCUGAUGCGGAAGCAGAUCGAGACGAUGGACGCGGACAUCGUGUGCUUGCAAGAGAUCGACCCGAACAGCAAGUGGCUCGAGUGGCGGCGGUUCAUGCGCGCCCGCGGGUAUGACGGCACCCUCCAGGACAAGGACGCGUCGCGCUCCGUGAGCGUCGCGGUGGCGACGUUCUGGAAGGCCGACAAGUUCGAGUGCCUGCAGCAGGACCACAAGGCGCGCAGCCUCAUCCUGCACCUGCGCUGGCGGGAGCGCUCGAGCAAGUCGCUGUGGGUGGUGAACUGUCACCUCGAGGGGCACGUGUCGCGGCCGCACGAGCGCGUGCUGCAGGCGCGGUCGAUUCUCUCCGCGCUCGUCCGCGCGCACCAGGCCGCGCCGAAGGGCGCGGCCGCGCAGGCCGUCGUGUGGGCCGGGGACAUCAACGGCGCGCCCGACUCGGGCGUGAUCAAGCUGCUGGUCGAGGGCGCGCUCGACGCGAACUCCACGGAGCCCGGGUCGGACAUCAUCCUCUCCGAGCGCGCGCUCGUGCACCCGUACCGCUUCCGCGACGCGUACCACGAGGCGCUGGCAGCGCCGCCCUUCACGCGCAAAGUCCCGGGCAACGCGGCGGUGCUGGACUACGUCCUCGCGACGACGAACACGCUCGAGACGCUCGCGGUCGUGAAGCCGAUGACGGCGCGGGAGCGGCUGACGAUGCAGCGGGGGAACCUCCCGAGCAGAGACCACCCGAGCGACCACCUCCCCCUCGCGGCGGUGUUCCGCCAGAAGUGA